CUCUCUCUCUCUCUCUCUCUCCUCCUCACACCUGCCUCACUCCUUCUCUCUCUAGAGCAAACCCUACCUCCACUGCCGCCACACUCCUCCGCCGGCCGGUCCAGCCAAAACGCCAAAAGCCACCAGAUUGAAAAAUCGAACCAUAAAAUACCAGAAAAGCCAGGUGCAGCUUGGGUUUCAGCUUCUUUCUAAUCGAGAGCAAGCAGAUAUCAAAUAAGAGCAGAGAUGUUUCCAGGAAUGUUCAUGCGCAAACCAGACAAGGCGGCGGCCUUGAAGCAGCUGAAGGUACACGUGGCUAUGUUUGGGGUGUGGGUAGCUGUGGUUCGUGUCACUCCUUACAUUCUUCAUUACCUCUCUGAUGACAAGGAAGAGCUCAAGCUCGAGUUCUAGAUUCCUCCUCUCUUUCUUUUCAGGUUACAAGGAGAGAAUUCGAUUGGGAUGUAAAAGAGUUUCAAGUUCCUGAUUCCUUUUCAGCCUGCUUAAGUGUGAGGCCAUGGUGUUGUCACAUUAGGUUAUAUUUGCAUUUGCUUUGAUCAUGCUUGUUAGAUUUUUUACUGAAAUGGAGGAUUGAGUUCUUCCAUAUUAUGUCAUGACGGUUAUAUCUAAUUGAAUAUACCUUUGAAUAUCUUGCUAGUA